AUGGCGCGGACGACCAGGUCUAAGGCGGCUGCGGCUACAACCGCAGACGCCGCCUCAGAAGCCGUCAUUCCAGCACCCGUCACCACAACGGCCACAACGGCCACAACGGCCAAGCCGAAGAAGAAGGAGCCAAAAAAUGGCUCGAAGACAGAGCCAAAUGAUGCACCGAAGACAAAGGGUCAACAGCGCCACGCUCUCAGGCGGAAACUGUACAAGAAGGCAAAGAAGCAUCAGGAGAUGGAGACACUGCACACUACUUUGAAAUCAGCAGACACAUCAAUCGGCAAGAAGGAGCGGUCAACCUUGAGGGCUCAGAUCUACCAGCCAUGGAGGCUGAAAGCCAAGACCACCUCAAAGAAGGUCUCGGAGCUCGAGAAACUUGUCAAGAGGCAGCAGGAGGAGAUCAAGGAGUUGAGGAAGCUGGCGGUGGGCAAAAUCCCAAAGUUGCAGCCACCGGCGAGCCCGCCAGCGGAAGCGGCAGAGGUCGAUAUGGAGCCCGACUCGUCGCCUGCCAAGAUCAGAGACCAGCUCUUCGCUGAUGCUUCGCGGUCGCAUGGCGAGGUAGAGGCAGCACAGGAGGGCACGACCGUUGUGGAGGUCGAGGAGAUUGUGAAGAGGCCGGUUGGUGGCGAUGCCGGGGAGCCGAUGGAGGGCGUGCAGCAGACCACCAUAAUCACCAGUGUCGAGCAGGAUGUGGAGUAUCCAACCCUGCCAUCAGUCGAGGAGGCCACACAAGUGGCUGAGGAGAACGGCGGCGCAGAGGGGGACGAGAGCAGCGGCCAGCAGCAGCAGGAGCCCAACGGAGCCAAGGAAGGAGCAGGCGCUGCUGCGGACCUGACGCCGGAGCUGGCUGCCGACACGCCUACCAAGUCGAAGGGGGAAGUGAGAGACUCAAGCGCAGACUCCAACGCCGCCACGCCGCGCAACGUGAGACGAUCUCCCAGGAAAAGGACGAAACGGAGGAGCUUUGCCGGCCACUCCUACACGGGCUAG